AUGAAGAUCCUCUACCUGCUCUUCCCCUUCUUCCUCCUGUUGAUCCAGGGCACUGCAGGAAACCCAUUACUAUGCGUACAAAGGAGGGGAUUCUGCACUUAUCAGAGAUGCAGGUACCCUUCAGUACCUAUUGGAAGAUGUUCGCAUUUUCAGUAUUGCUGCAAAAGGUGCAUCUCUGGCUCCAGGGAAUGA